AUGAAUAACACACCAAACAGGUUGAAUCUGUACUCCAGUAAAUCCUGCCCAAAUGGCAAAUUAAACUAUGACAUUACGUCAACUAUCAUAAAUGUAACUGGUGGUGCUGGAGAGGUAGCGUUGGGAGACACACUGACAAUACAACUAGUCCAGAACCACUUUGCUGAUGAAUACGAUCCCAUCACAGAGAAUUCGUACCAAAAGCAGGUGGUUAUAGACGGUGAAACCUGUGUGCUGGACACUCGACAGGAGGAGUACAGUGCCAUGAGAGACCAAUACACGAGGGCAGGUGAAGGCUUCCUCUGUGUGUUUGCCAUCAAUAGUAACAAAUCACUUGCAGAUAUUAACCUCUACAGGGAGCAGAUUGAGCGAGUAAAAGACUCAGGUGAUACACCUAUGGUGCUGGUAGGAAACAAGCGUGACUUGCCAACAAGGACUGUCGACACAAAACAAGUCCAUCAACUGGCCAAGAGUUACAGAAUUCUGUUCACUGAAUCCUCAGCUAAGACCAGGAAGGGUGUUGAAGACGCAUUUUACACACUCAUAAGAGAAAAACACCAGCACAGAAUGAACAAACUCAACAGCAAUGAUGAUGGGACUCAAGGUUGUAUGGGGUUGCCAUGUGUGGUGAUGUAA